UAAAUUGAAGGACCCGCUCCCACUAGGCAAGCAGACAUGCGUAGUGUAUGAGGUUCCUUGCGGUGCGGACCGCAAAACCUACAUAGGACAAACAAAACGGAAGGUUGACGUUUCGCAUGGCGGAACAUAAACGUGACGUCAGAAACAACGACCCAAAAUCGGGUCUAUCACAACACUCCCUGCAAGCUGGUCAUCUUUUCAACUUUGACAAGAGUAAAAUUUUGGAGCGAAUUGAUGACCAGGCGUGCAGGAAGAUAGCGGAGAUGUUCCACGUUAAGCUUGCCGGGGAAGAGAACACUGUGAACUUGCAGAGAGAGUGUGAAGCUUUUAGCAGUGUGUACAACAGCGUUGUGGUUAACUACAGCCAACGAACGGAAACGACAACAACAAGACAUACAGAACCUGACGAUGCAAGAGGAGGUGUAGCAAGCAGCAACAGAAGAAAGCUGCGUUGCAUUUUGCGUCUGAAGAUGACCGAAGAAUAGUAGGUCGAAACGUCGCAAGAAAAGAAAAUAGUGUUUUCCUUGUCACCGAACAGAACCAAGCGAAUUUAACCAAUUAAAAAUUCCACGGUGAUUACAACCAAA